AUGGCCAGCAAGGACUCCAAAGAUGCAGUAGAUCUCACGGAUAUCGUUCGAGCGGAGCACAGCGAGAACGGAAACCACGAUGGGGACGUUAUCAAGCAAGCCCACCGCACCAGUGUCGAAGCGAUGGAUCGAAACGAGCCUAAAGAAAUCCACAACCCCUUAGCUGGAAUCCCCAAGGCUCAACUCUUCCAAGACGUUGAAUCGUAUGCCGUCGAGCACCAUCUCACGGAGGUGGUUGAUCUUCUGAAGAAAGGCGCUCUCGUAUCGCAAUCGCCGAACGACAUCGACUCGAUUGAAGAGUUGACCGACGACGAGAGACGAGUACUCCAUGAAGAGAAGACUCGAAAAUGGCAUCAUCCUCGAACGCUGUAUUACUUGAUCGCGCUCAACUCCGUCGGUGCCGCAAUCCAAGGCUGGGAUCAAACGGGCUCCAAUGGUGCCAAUCUCUCCUUCCCCCAGGAGUUUGGCAUCGCAGACUCUGGGGCUGAGUGCGAGGCGCUUGGAACAUGUGAGAGGAACUCUUGGAUUGUCGGUGCCAUCAAUGCCGCACCGUAUAUUGCACUGUGUCUCUUUGCUUGCUGGCUUUCAGACCCGGUUAACCACUAUCUUGGACGCCGCGGUGCGAUCUUCUUGGGCGCGAUUUUCAGCUUGAUUGCACCAAUUGGUCAAGCAGUCUCGCAGUCCUGGGGCGGUAUUCUCGCGUGCCGUGUGUUACUUGGCUUGGGGAUGGGGCUCAAGGAGGUCACAGUACCAGUCUUCUCAGCGGAGAACGCGCCUGCUAACAUUCGUGGUGCUCUUGUCAUGUCCUGGCAAAUGUGGGUCGCAUUCGGUAUCAUGCUCGGCUUCUCCGCCAACCUCGUCGUCGUCAACACCGGCUCCAUCGCCUGGAGACUCCAGCUCGGAUCCGCCUUCAUACCAGCAGUGCCGCUACUCCUAGGAAUCUACUUCGUGCCCGAAUCCGCUCGUUGGUUAAUCAAGAAAGGUCAGCACGCCAAAGCAUACCGAUCGCUUUGCCGCGUCCGAAACAGUCAUCUCCAGGCUGCCAGAGAUCUCUAUACCAUUCACGUUCAGAUCGAAGCAGAGAAGGCGUUGUUUCUACAGAGAAAGGGGUCGAAAGAAGGCCGUUCUUCCAGUUUCUUCAGGCGAGCCAUUGAGCUUUUUACCAUCCCCCGAGUUCGACGUGCAACCCAAGCCUCGGGCAUCAUCAUGAUCGCUCAGCAAAUGUGCGGUCUGAAUGUGGUGGCUUUCUACUCUUCGACGAUAUUUGUCAACGCUGGCUUCUCAAAUAUCGUUGCCCUGCUCGUAUCCUGGGGGUUCGGGAUGACCAUGUUCGUGUUCGCCAUCCCGGCCCUCUACACAAUCGAUCGCUGGGGCCGGCGGAAUCUCCUGCUGAGCACCUUUCCCAACAUGUUCUGGACGCUCCUCGCAACAGGCCUAUCCUUCUACCUGCCCGAAGGCAGCACCGCGAGGAUAGGACUAAUAGCCUUCUUUAUAUUCCUCUUCACCGCCUUCUACAGCCCUGGCGAGGGACCCUGCGCGUUCGUCUACUCGGCGGAAGCAUUCCCUCUGUCUCACCGCGAGAUUGGGAUGAGCUUCGCCGUGGCGACCAACAACUUCUGGGCAGCCGUCCUAUCGCUCACGUUCCCGCGGAUGCUGAGGUCUUUCGGGGCCACGGGCUCGUUCGGGUUCUACGCGGCCAUGAACGUGGUGGCGUUGUCGUUGAUUUUCCUGGUUUUGCCGGAGACCAAGGAGAGGUCUCUGGAAGAGCUUGACCAUGUCUUUGCGGUGCCGACGACGAGGCAUGCGUCGUAUCAGCUGUUUGAGGUGCUUCCUUGGUGGUUUCGGAGGUUUGUGCUGUUUCGGCGGGUGGGUCGAUGUCCGGAGUUGUAUGGUUCUCAUCAGUCGCGGGCUGAGAAGGAAGAGGUGGCGUGA